GUUACAUCUUUGAAAGUUUAGAGAAGUGGAAUUGUUGAGAUGUGUUCUGUAUCCUCUGCCCAGAGGCAGCGGGCACAGUGCAUCACACAUCUCGUGGCUCAACCUGUGUCGUGCUCAAAGGGGUGACUGGUGGGUAGUGUUGAGGUGGAUCAAAUGAAAAAGAAUAUCCCUGGUGUUUGUGACACCCACCUUUUGGUAAGAUGUAGACCCAGUGGCAAUGUAACUGAGAAUAUCCUGUCUGUCUUGUUGAACUUUAACAGAGUUUCUACCUGAGAAGGUUAGGUUAUAUUUGCUAUUCUGUGAGGGCCUAUGUUCCAAACACGCUACGGUGCUUUAGGUGUCAAGGAUUCAGACAUGUUGCAGCAGUGUGUAGAAAGGAGAUCCCACAAUGUGAGAAAUGUGCAGAAGGGCAUAGUCAAUGGGAGUGUAAAGUUGGGUUUACAAAAAGCACUGUGUCAACUGCGGGGGCACCCAUGCAGUUGGAGAUCCGAAGUGCCCUGUGAGAGAGAGACCGGUUGAGUGGGGCAGAAAGUUUCCUAUGAGGCAGUGAAGAGACUAGAGGACAGCCCAAAGGUGAGAUAAUCAACUGGGAGUUCCCCAGUGAGUAGGUCUGAAGAAAGACCCAGAGAGGAUGAGUUUUUCAGUAAGGUUGGAUAUCUUGUGAUUAUAGCAAAGGUGAUCAACUGCACUGCACUGAAGGACUGCAAAAUCACAGAGCAUAGAUGUGGUAGUCGCAUCGGCAGAAAAAUAUUUGGGUGAGAGAUUCUAGUGCAGAAGAUGUACAAGGAGUUUUGAGAAAAGGGGUUAGAUGGUGGUGCAAUUUAAGAGUUUCCCCUCCCACUUUUUUGGGGGGGGGGACCAAAAUGUGCGAUCUGCACUCCGACGUGAGAAAGGCAGAAAUAUGCAACACAGCGUCUAGUCUGCCAGAAAUUCACACGAAGAACUCCGGAACCACACCUGUGUGGAAGCACCUGCUUUCAAUAUACUUUGCAUCCAAAAUUUACGAUGAGGCGUCAGGUUUAUGGGUGACUGACUCUGCUGUGGGGGAAUCUAGAGGAAGAAAUCUUCAAAGUGCCAGAAAGACAGACCGUGUCUGGACCCAGGUUGUCACUACUGUACUUCUGCUGCUGCUCUCACUAAACUACCAAGACAUGGUCCUCUGGAGUCUACUCCCCAUCUCCCUCUCCUUGGUGUCUCUCAUUGGCACAUGGGUGACGUAUGGCCUGGCAUACAGCUAUGACCAUGUGUGUUCCCUCAACAACUGGGCCCCCCGGAACCCCUGCGGAAACAAUACAACUAUGGCAUGUUGUCAAGUUCCCACCAUAAGCACGAGUGGAACAAGCUCACCAGAAAACUCUUUGUUCACAGCCACCAUCAAUGCUGCUUCAUUUCUGUUUAUGGUGUUCUGUAUCUUCCACCAUGCUCACAUCUUGGAGAGGAACAGUGUCCACUCCAUGCUCAGUAGAAUCGCCCUGGUGUUUGGUGGAGUGGCAGCCGUCGGGGCCUUUGUGGCUGGGAACUGCAAUCCCGAGUACCUAACACUGGCCCAUUACCUGGGGGCUGCGGUAAGCUUCCUGUGUAUCUGUUUCUACAGCCUGCUCCUCACGGUGCUCACAGGGAAGUGUGUUCUGACCCGGAUGGAGUGGUUCCUCUACCCAGCACGGGUCAUGUCUACUGCGGUCCAAAUCAUUGUCACUAUUGGCUAUGCAAUCUUGUUUGUACAGGAGGAAUACAUGUACAAGCACUCAGCGGCCGUGUUUGAGUGGAUACUGAGUGUCAACCUGGAGCUGUUUGAGCUCAGCUUCGCUGUUGAAUUCUGUUUCUUCUCCUCCUCCAUGUUGUGUACACUGCUGGGGAAGAAAGAUGAGGAGAAGCCUAUCCUUCUGGCCUGAGAAGAUGAGAUGCUACUGGGCUGGGGGACCUACUGUAAGAGACACUUGGGUCAUGUGAUGCAUGAAAUGGAAGAAAACGUUCCAAAAUGGAGAGACCAGCUGGACUUGUCCAUUAAGUGUCGGUUAAAAAAAAUGUCACGUUGUGCCCUAAUGAAAUAACCCAGUAGUUUACAAACUGUUCUAUGUUGUGACUCUGAUCUAAAGCUUGUGGAAUUGGACCAACCAAGUAAAGGGAACAAUUGUUUGUAACCGGUUCUGGCUGCGACCAAAAAAUGAAUCAGCUGAAUCGUCCAUGACCCACCGUUUGGGGAAACACUGACCUAGUGGCAUCAAAGAUGGGGAUCAAACAUAACCUUUGAUCUCAUUCUCAGACCAAGUCUUAUUAUUGAGGAUGGUUUUUAAUUUUUUAAAUCAGGACUGAAAUCAUUUUUCUUAUGCAAGCCCCUAAAUACAAAACGAAAGAUGAGUUAUUCGGGUCACAACAAAUCUAAGUAUUUCUGAAAGCUUUGGAAAAGUAAAACUGUCCACCCUACAACUUUCAUAGCCACUGAUGGACCAAUACCAUGACUCCUUAGCAUUUGAGAAGUAGUCACUGUAUGUACUAAAAUCAUUAUUUCUAUUCUCAUGUUCUGAAUUGAUCAAGGUGAAAUUUCCUAUUUUAUGGGCCAUGGAGAAUUGUGAAUGAUGUUAUUCUUUCAAUGUUUUGUCUAUAUGUCUAAAAUGUAAAGUCUUCGGGGCAUUACUAUGCCAGGCAACAACAGAAAAAAUUUGUAUAAAAAAUGUAACUGUCUGCAAAGUGAAGUAUUGAGGUGUAAUGUUGUGAUGGAAUCUGAGGCCAGUAAUCUCUCGACAGCUUUAACAUUCAAAUGAUGAUCAAGUCAUUUGGUUAUUGGUGUGGAGAUGAGAAGCCAGUGAUGAUUCUAAACCUUUGUGAUAACAGGUGAUGUAAUGUGAAGGAGGUAGGAAAUUCAGGCAGGUGUCAUGUGUCUGUCUUUUGUGAUAGAUCAUUCUGGAAAGCUUUUUGAUGGCAGAACAGCUGGUUGUACAAGUUUUACUGCAUACAUGGCACAUGAGAGAAGAACCAGAACAAAAGCAAUCCUUCAUCCACAAACAAUCUAACUGAAAAUGUUAUGAACAGAACAAAUUUCUUAGCAAGGUAUAAUACUUUGUAUUUGUUCCUUUCUUCUUAUGUAUCGGUCUCAUUUUCUACUGCUUUUCUACAGUGUUCCUAUUCAGGCAUUUGUGCAACGAUGAUUCAGACUUGUUUACAACAACAAUAUAUCAUGGACUAUAUAGUUACAUCUUAACAAAGUGGUACAUAAAUCAAUAAAUAUAUAACGAAAUAGUGACAAACUGAUGUUUACUAAGGGUAGAAAUAAAUAAAAGCAUUUAGCCUAAUUCAGUAUGAAAAUAUCAA